GAAAUCCCCAGUUUCUAUUUUUAGCCUUUACUUUAUUUCUUUCGAUUGCACCACUCCAAGAGUCAGCAAAUCUCGGUCAACAUUUAAUUAAUUGAGAUUUUUUAAGACUUUAUUCUUCGUGCAGCUGCUCAUAGGAAAGAGCUAAACAGAUACUCAUCCACCAUGUCGACAUCAAGACGGGGAGACGAAUCAAUAUACAGAAUCCCUCCUUAUUUUUACCUCCAUGUUCUAGACCAGAACCUCAAUGUAACAAGACUUGAGAUUGGUCCACAGACAUUUGUCAGACAAGACAAUGAAAAAGUUGUAUAUGGACCAGAGCGUAUGAUCACAGUACCCCCAAGGCAUUAUUGUAUCGUAGAAAACCCGGUACUGAAAGACAAAGAAUGUAAAGUUGUCUUUGACGAAAGUGGACAGGCCAAACUUGUACAUGCUGACCAUGAAAUUAGAUUGGCACAGGAUCCUUUCCCACUGUACCCCGGGGAAAUACUGAAACAGGUUGUAACCGCCCUGAAAGUGGUUGCAGCUAACUCAGCUCUUCGUCUGAGAUCUAUUCUAGACUUUGAAGAUGAUGAUGAGGAAAAGAGAACAGCUGGGGAUGAGUGGCUUUUUGAAGGACCAGGAACAUAUAUCCCAAGGAAGGAGGUUGUUGUUGAGGAGACUGUCAGGGCCACAGUCAUUAGACCUAACCAGGCCAUAAGAUUGAGGGCCAGGAAGGAGACCAUUGACAGACAAGGUGUUGCUAGGGUAACUGGCGAGGAAUGGCUGGUGAAGAAGACCGGAGCUUACCUCCCAGGAGCCUAUGAAGAAGUUGUAGAUGUUGUCAACGCCUAUGUUCUAACAGAUAAGAAAGCCCUUCAUAUGAUAUCAUUGAGAACAUUUAAAGAUGAUUUUGGUGUAACCAGAAAGAACGGAGAGGAAUGGUUGAUCAAAAUGACAGACACAGAAACACACAUACCUAAUGUGUAUGAAGAGGUUGUUGGAGUCGUCAAUAUCACCACACUUACCACGAGACAAUAUUGUAUCAUCCUUGACCCUUCCGAUGAACAUGGCAGACUACAGCUUGGUAGAAAGAAGUUAGUUAAGGGUGAGUGUUCCUUCUUUUUGCUGCCUGGAGAACGAUUUGAGAGUGGAAUCCAGAAUGUAUACGUACUUGGAGAAGAUGAAGGUGUUAUCCUGAGAGCUACAGAAUCAUUCAUUGAUAAAGAUGCUAAGGUAGAACGAAAACCAGGAGAUAAAUGGAUGAUUCGGGGACCAGCAGAAUACGUUCCACCAGUGGAGGUUGAGGUGACCAUGAAAAGAACUGCACUGCCACUUGACGAGAAUGAGGGUAUCUAUGUCAGAUGUAUUAAAACUGGAAAGGUCAGAGCUGUUACUGGAGAGACCUACAUGUUGAAUCAGGAUGAGGAACUAUGGGCUAAAGAACUUUCUCCCUCAGUCGAGACUCUCCUGGCUGAGGCUAAAAACCCACAGGCCUUUGGUGAGAGAGGACCAAAACAAGGAAGUGAGGCUCCUAAACCACGUGAUAAAACACGUGUGAUCACUUUCCGAGUUCCACACAAUGCUGCUGUACAGAUUUACGAUUAUAAAGAAAAGAAAGCAAGGGUUGUUUUUGGUCCCGAGUUGGUUUUAUUAGGUCCUGAUGAACAAUUCACGAAGCUUAGCCUUUCUGGUGGCAAACCAAAGAAAAACAAUGUCAUUAAAUCUUUAUGUCUGUUUCUGGGACCGGACUUCAGUACUGACAUCAUUACUGUAGAAACAUCUGACCAUGCAAGACUGUCAUUACAGCUGUCGUACAACUGGCACUUUGAAAUUGAAAGUAAAGAGGAUAAAGUAGAGGCUGCUAAGAUUUUCAGUGUACCAGAUUUCAUUGGAGAUGCCUGCAAGGCUAUAGCUUCCAGAGUCAGAGGGGCCGUAGCACAAGUACAGUUUGAUGACUUCCAUAAGAAUUCUGCAAGAAUCAUUAGAUCUUCAGUAUUUGGUUUUGAUGAGAAAGGAAAAGUUCGAGGAGCUUUUAGAUUCCCACAGAACAACUUGGUAUUCACCAGUAUUGAUAUCCAAUCUGUUGAACCUGUAGAUCAGAGAACAAGAGAUUCCUUACAGAAAUCUGUACAACUGGCCAUUGAAAUCACAACAAACUCACAGGAAGCUACUGCAAGACAUGAAGCAGAGAGAUUAGAACAGGAAGCUAAAGGAAGAUUAGAGAGACAGAAGAUUUCAGAUGAAGCAGAAGCCGAAAAAUCCAGGAGACAGUUGUUGGAAUUACAGGCAAACAGUGCUGCAGUAGAAAGUACUGGUCAGGCUAAAGCAGAGGCACAGUCCCGAGCUGAAGCUUCUAGGAUUGAGGGUGAGGCAGCUGUAGACCAGGCCAAACUGAAAUCACAGGCAAUGAAAAUUGAAUCAGAAUCUGAAUUGCAAAGACUUACACAAGCAAGAGAUGCAGAACUUAAAUAUGUUCGAGAACAAGAUGAAAUUGAACUAAGCAAAUCUAGGGAAAUGUCAAGCAUUGAAACCACCAAAUUCAAGAACAUGGUGGACGCAAUUGGAGCAAAUACAUUGGCAACCAUGGCGUCAGCUGGACCAGACCAACAGGUCCGUAUGUUGCAGUCCCUGGGCCUGAAAUCCACCUUAAUCACGGACGGUAGCACACCAAUUAAUCUGUUUAAUACAGCUAAUGGAUUGAUUGGAGGUAUGAUGCCAGCAAAGAGGGGAAAACGGAAUGACGACGAUGAUUGCUAUGAAUAAAUAUUGGAAUGUGCUUUUCUUAUUAACAUUAGUAAUUUUGUGAAGAAAGUAUUUUGUUUUGUAAAAUUUAUCAGUUGAGAAUAUUACAUGUUAUUGAUACUAACAUUAUAAACAAUUUGAACAUGCCAUGGUAUAUCUUUGUUAUAUUUAUUAAUAUCUGAUGACGUUGUAUAAUUUAUAAACUUUGAAACGAUGUGUAAUAGAGGCGGGCUGAUUUGUGUAUUGUUUAGAUGAGAAGGGGAUAGUGUCAGAGUGUAAAAUGUUUUGUAUACUUCAAAAAGUGAUAGAUAUGUAUGUUUUGUAUAUUUGAUGGGAUUGUUUGUUACAUGGUCUUAACAUAUUAGGUCUAUGGUCACUUUUAUACACUAAUUUAUCAAUAUUUAGUAUGUGUGCAAUACAUUCAUUUGUUUUGUAUUUUAAUAGUUUUCUUUAUCACAACAUUGUUUGUUACUCAUUUUUCAGAGAUUUCAGAGAUCAAUUUCCAUGAGUCAUGUUUGUUUAUGUUAUUCAACAAUUAAACGUUUAUUGAUAAAUAA